AUGAAAUUCCACCUUCUAUCCGCUGCCGUCACGGCAUUCUGUCUUUCGCUCGGAAGCCUUGCGAUUAAUGUCCCCGUGAAUCCAAAUCCAUUCAUACAUCAAACUGUCUUUACUGUUCCGAACAAUGGCAUCAUCUGCGGCAUGUUUCCAAGAGGCUUAAGCACUCCCGUAUUCGCCUUGCAAUUCCAACUGACAGCGGAGAACUUCGUAGCCACUUCGAAUCCCAAUUCACGCCAGCCAAAACGUUACAACCAUUACCCCGCUGAUCCAGUGACAUUCGGUGGCCGUUGUACUGGGACCGGCCGCGGUGGACAGGAUCAACUCUACGAAUACCCUAUCUAUGCCAACGCGGACUUUCAAGCAGGUAUGGCUGCUCGCGCAAAUCGAAUUAUCGUCAGGAGAAAUCUUCGACAGGGCGAGAACCAGAACGACGCGACGUUUUGUGGAUUGAUUACCCAUAACGGUGUACCCGGAAAUGCCUUCAGAGAUUGCUGA